CAAGUUUCCAGAAGAAGAAAAAAAAAGAAAGAUAGGAUACUAUAUACCUUCUUCCUCUUGGGCAGUCUCUAGAAAGACCUAAAGCCCUAAAAUCUCUUAUCAUUGCCUCUUGAAAACCUAGCGCAGUCGCAUCUUAUCCAUGGAAGGAUCCGCCAUCAAAUGGCAUGAUUAGCAGGAUUUACGUUGAGGGAUACGUCACUUCGAUCCCUGGCUAUUUUGUCGUUUCCGAUUUGAGAAAACAUUUCAAUUCAUGUGGAGAGGUGUUACAUGUUUACAUUCCCGGAUACGUUUACGACGUCUGCCGUAAUAUCAACAGAUUUGCCUUGGUUUAUCUUCGGGGAGAAGGUGCAGAAGAGAAGGCGUUGGAACUUAAUGGAAGCAAGAUGGGAGAUCACAAGCUUCUCGUUAAGGCUUACCCGUUUCACACCAAAGACCUUGAACCUGAGUUGGCUCUGACGAGAGACACAGACAUUCUGCAACCGCACAGGAUGCAUGUUAAGGGAUUUGACACUUCGCUUUCUGAGGAUUAUGUCAAGAGCACGCUGAUUCAACACUUCUCUAAAUGUGGAACUGUCCUGCGUGCGUCUGCUCACAAAGACGAAAGCGAGGGUGCUCUCUUCGACCUUGCUCAUGUUACUCUUGAGGGACAAGACGCAAUAGAGAAGGCGCUGCAACUUGGUGGAUGUGAUGUGCCAGGAUUUGAGAAGGUUGAAGUUUCUCGGGUUACGUUUGCUGGCGGACCACCGCGCCGCCACGUUAGGGCUGGCUGUUUCCCCAACAUGCUAAUGACGAUGGUGGAAAGCGAGAAGAAGAAUGAGGCUGCGAAGUAGAAAGCCCUGAUAACACGAAGCUCUUUGGUGUUUUCAACUUUAUUACCAGUUUUGUAAGCUCGCUAAUCAAGAAAUCUAUAACCUAUGUAUGAUGUUUAUUAUCCGGAUGUUUAAAGUUAACCAAAUAAUCAUUAUCUAUCU